AUGGCAGGACGCUCCUCUUCAAGCGGGGAGGGCGCGCGCCGCAGUGCGGCGGUGCAGCGUCUGAUCGACAGCGCGGACCAGUCGCUGAGUCUCCUGGCGUCUUUAGGUGAUCCAGCCGCGCCUGGACCUCCGCGCAGUGCCGGAUUCGGUGUCGACAGCGCGAUCCCGAUGAGUACCGACACUUUCCACUUUUCAUCAGCCUCAGGCUCCUUCGCCGACACGGAAGGUGAUGAAGCCGAAACUAAAGUCUCAGAGGACGAGGAUACUCGUCUAUUAGAGCCUGUAGUCAGUACAUCAGUGCGUCACGGCCUUUUACACGUCAAGGGCGUUUUCCCAGACCAGUCGACGGAGUUUGUGGACGUAGAUCCUCGACUUACGACCAUUGGAGACCUCAAACAUGCUCUAUGUGUACGUCGAGACUCUGCACGAGGCUUGGGCUUCUCAGCAAGAGACGCUCGCGUCAUGUUCGGCGGCCAAAUAGUGGAAGACGCGUGGCUUGUAGUGGACUGUGGCAUGGGCUUCGAAGGAGCCAUCCACAUCGUCAAGGCAGCUGCAGUGGGCAACAGCUUUCUAGCCAAUGGUAGCGGUCUAUUCAGUGGCAAGAAGACGCCGCGUACGGACCCUAAGCUGUCCAUUUCGUCUAUCUCUUCAGUGUAUACGCAGCCUCAAGGUCCGUCUCUGGCGAUGGAUCAAUUGGCUACAUCCAACGAUCAAGUUAUGACCCAAUUGGCUACAUUUAAUAAGUCGUUAUCGCUCAGCACAGUCCCGUCAGCUAGAGGAGAUUUGUUCUCGCGUCAUGUGCGUCCAGAAGAAGCUUCUUUUGCCGAGAUGGCGGCCGAUUUUUACGCCAACUUGAAGGACGUGGAAGACUCGGAUUUAUACUGCGAGAAACUACUACGUGGGUACAUUGGAGUACUGCAAAACAGACUGGAGAGGCUCGAAGCUUCUCUUGCAGGAAGCAGCAAAGCACGCGCGUCGACGGUGGCCCAACAACGACUGCAGAACGACAUUACAGAGCUCCGAGACGAACGCAAUACGUGGAGACUGCUGUUCGAGUUGCGGCAAGUGUGUCAUAUGAACAAAGACAUGGCAGAUGGAGAAGACGCGCUGAUGAUGCUUGGUGCAGAGACGGAGGAGCUGCGCUUCGAGAUGCUGGAGGAUGACGCUGUGCGGCUACUGGAGACACGCAACGAGACGUUCAAGAUCCAGAAGGCAGUGAAGACGUGGCUGGAGAGUAUGGCGCUGGAGAGCACGAUAAAGCUCAGUGACAAGCGUGACGCCAGUGGCUCUCGUACACUGAGGAUGAUGAAGAAGCAGGUGUUCCCAGCUCAAGUGCAGAUGGAUCCUGAUGCUGUGGUGCGUGACGGAGACGCUCACAUUUUACCUGAUGACUUGGAGGAUGAAGCGGAGCUCAUGAAGGCGCUGUGGCUGUACGUACGUGCUGGACGGAUGGACGACGCCAUUGAUCUGUGUAUCCGCUUGGGUCAGUCGUGGAGAGCAGCGAGUCUUUCGGGAGGCACUCCCGUUGGCGCCAGUGAGACCAAUGACCGCCAAGAUUUGUCGCUGGAGCGAUGGGGGAACCCGUUCCGUGCUCUUUGGAAGACGAUGUGUUGGCGCUUGUCGGAGCAGAAUGCUGGCGGGAAACUCUCCAAGAGCAACACGUUGCUUGCGAAGCAGUAUGAGGAGCUUAUUUAUGCGGCGUUGAGUGGCAAUAUCCAGGUGAUUACCAAGAGUCCGCUCUGUGAGAGCUGGGAGGACCAUUGCUGGGCGUAUCUACAGGGCAUUACGGAGCAGCAAAUGGACGAAAUCCUGUAUAAACUGCUGAAGGUGAAGGCGCAGUCUUCGCAGUUAGUUGUUGGCAAUAAUGUCCACUACUUACGUCACUUCUCGAGCUUGCUGGACAAGACCAAGAAUCUUAAACGCUACCAGGUGGAUCUGGACUCGCUGUUUGAUGAGCUACGCGGAAGUCCGAGCGAGUUGGUGAGAAUGCAAGCAAACCAGCCACACCGUCAGAUCCAGGCCAAGUUGGUGACUGCCAAGUUCCAGUUCAUCGUGUCGAGUAUCUUGGAUACCGUGCUAUUCAACCCGGAGGACGACGCGUACAACUGGGACUUGCAGCUCCAGUCGACGGUCCAAGCCGACGAGACUUCUUCUCUGUUCCUGCGCUUCGCUGCGCACUUCAUCAUGUUCGCUGACUUCACUGAUGAGCACUUCGACGCGCAGGCAGGCCACAUGAUCUUAAAGCAGUACAUCCGACAUCUGGUGAAGCACCGCCAACUGCAGUUCGUGCCAAUCUACGCCUCUCGUCUUCCUACACACGGAGCUAUCGAGAUCUACGUGCAGAUGCUGUCGACAGUCGAGGACAGUUUAGAACGCGAGCUGUGCGUCAAGAGAAUCCUGGAAUACGCCGGCAUGGAAGUGCUGUCAACAGUGCUGCAGUCUGUGGUCGAACGUCUGUGCGAAGACUACCAGUUGACAGCGCAGGAACAGCAGAGCAAGGGCCAACUCGUGUUUCUGGACACGCCCACGACGGAGAUCGACAGGAGGAGGAUUCGAACGAUCGAGUUCUUGUGUUUCUACGUCCAACACCGCGCCGAGGCUUUGGUUCGUGCCAAUCGACUGACGCGACAAUUCCUUCUUGAGGGCAAGUUUGCUGCUGUCAAGGAGCUCGUGGAAGAGAGCUUGCCGGAGGACUCGAUCGGCGUGCUGGACUUGAACCGCGACUCGCAGGUGUUGCGUGAGGACGACGAGAUCGAACGAGCUAUGCGCGAGUUUCUGUGCUGGCGCGCGUACAUUCAGGCUUGUGCGCAGUACGAUUUGUGGAGGAACUGCAUCAACAGUCCUGGCGCAGAGACGUUGUCUCUGUAUAGCGAGGAGAAGGAAUACCUGGCAGACUUGAUGUUCCAUGUGUCCAGGUCGGCUGCAGCGACGUUGGAAGUGCUGCACUUUGAGAACGGAUGGCUGUUAGGUUGCGCUAACGACGCUGCAGAGGACGCUGCAAUCCGACAGCGCUGCUUGCCGGCGUUGGUGUUCAACCUGCACUUUCUCCAGCUCGAGUCCGCCAAGACCAUCAUGCGCUUGAGUCAUUACCCAGAAGACGCCAAGACGGAGCUGGCACGACCGCUACUGGAGAAAUCUAUCGAGGUCGCUGACGUGGUGGCCGACGAACACUACGCUGUGUACAAUGCGCUGGACCAGGAUCAGUGUCGGGACCUGCUACAUGGCUUCCGUGAGAGUGCUGUGUCGCUGGCGUUCGUUGAAAGUAUGCAGACUUGUCCACCGUCAGAUCAAGAUUAA